AGCGACUCUGCAUCGGAUGCGGUAUCUGCCCCAAGAAGUGUCCCUUCGACGCCAUCAACAUCAUCAACUUGCCCACCAACCUCGAGACCCAAGUGACUCACCGAUACAGCGCCAACAGUUUCAAGUUGCAUCGUCUUCCUAUGCCCCGACCGGGCCAGGUCCUUGGUCUGGUUGGCACGAACGGUAUCGGCAAGAGCACGGCGUUGAAGAUUUUGGCGGGCAAGUUGAAGCCAAACUUGGGUCGUUACGACGACCCCCCGGAUUGGGAGGAGAUCUUGAAGUACUUCCGUGGUUCGGAGUUGCAGAACUACUUCACCAAGGUUUUGGAGGAUGAUUUGAAGGCUGUCACGAAGCCGCAAUAUGUCGAUCAAAUUCCGAAGGCUGUCAAGGGCACCAAUCGCGCUGUUGGCUUCCAACUUACUCAGAGAUGUCAGGUUGAGAAGGAGAGACUGAAAGAGAUCGCAGAGACGCUUGAGUUGGAGAACGUGUGGAAUCGUGACAUCGAUCUACUCUCCGGUGGUGAGCUGCAACGUUUCGCCAUUGCCAUGGUCUGCGUGCAAAAGGCCGACGUGUACAUGUUUGACGAGCCGUCUUCUUUCCUGGAUGUCAAGCAGCGUCUGGCGGCCAGUCGGCUGAUUCGAAGCCUUCUCCGACCCGAUUGCUACGUGAUCGUAGUUGAGCACGAUUUGUCCGUACUUGAUUAUCUCUCCGACUACAUUUGCUGCCUGUACGGAAAGCCAGCUGUGUAUGGUGUUGUCACCGCGCCUUUCUCUGUCCGUGAAGGCAUCAACAUCUUCCUCGAUGGUAACAUUCCGACCGAAAACUUGCGUUUCCGGGAGGAGAGUUUGCAGUUCCGCAUUGGAGAAGCGGGUGAGGAGUUCCUCACCGACAAGUCCCGGGCCUACUCAUACAGCAACAUGACCAAGACGCUCGGAAAUUUCCACCUGACGAUCGACUCCGGAAAGUUCACCGACUCAGAGAUUAUUGUCAUGAUGGGUGAGAACGGUACCGGAAAGACUACAUUCUGUAAAAUGCUUGCAGGCGCCGAAAAGCCGGACGAUGGAGCCAAAGUGCCGCAAAUGCAUAUUAGUAUGAAGCCACAGAAAAUCACGCCAAAGUUUCAGGGCACUGUUCGCCAGCUAUUCUACAAGAAGAUCAAGGCGGCGUUCUUGAGCCCACAGUUCCAGACCGACGUGUACAAGCCGCUCAAAAUGGACGAUUUCAUCGACCAAGAAGUCCAGAAUCUGUCCGGUGGUGAAUUGCAGCGUGUCGCCAUCGUUCUGGCCCUAGGUCUCCCAGCUGACAUCUAUCUCAUCGAUGAGCCUUCAGCCUAUCUCGACUCCGAGCAACGUAUUAUCGCAGCUCGUGUUAUCAAGCGCUUUAUCAUGCACUCCAAGAAGACUGCGUUUAUCGUCGAGCACGACUUUAUCAUGGCGACCUACCUUGCUGAUCGAGUCAUUGUCUUCGAUGGCGUACCUUCCCUCAAGUCACGCGCCAACACCCCAGAGAGCUUGUUGACCGGGUGCAACAAAUUCUUGAAGAACCUAGAUGUUACCUUCCGGCGUGACCCGAACACAUUCCGACCACGCAUCAACAAAUUAGCGUCCCAGCUGGAUACUGAGCAGAAGAACAACGGAAAUUACGUGAGUCGCGGCCGUGUUGCGACGUCCGCCAAAGUACUAAUCUUACUGACAACGAUAUUUAGUUCUUCUUGGAGGAUGAGUCCUGAAAGGCGUUCUCAAUGAACACACUAUAGACUCAUCUUCUCCGCUUGCAAGCCCAUACACUAGCACCACGUGUGGCACUAAGCGCCGCCGGUCAAUCAAAAGCGGAGCUGAUGAGCAGCUGGAAGAGGGGGUAAGCGAGGACGACGAAGACGAUGAAGACAUUCUAAGGCGAGUUGUCGUUCACGCCCAU